AUGAUUUCAUCAGUUAAUGAAUUAUCAUCAAUAGUCUGCGAGUUUUCACUACCAUGUGCAGUUGUUUCAAUUCAAGUUUCAAUGUUGCUACCAAAUUCUGUAGGAAUAGCAGUAGACAAAAGUCUUGUUCUUUCAACAUUUGAAAACAUAUUGUACUUUCAAAAUGAUCAUUACAAACACCGUAGUUCUUGUUCAGAAUGUCUAUCGGCUUAG